AUGUCAAUUAUUGAGAAAGCGAGUGCUUCGUGGAAGCACGAUUUUACUCAGUUAGCGAGAGAGAGUGGAUUUCAGUUUCGUCAUUUGCAUGCCAGUGGCACAGGAGCAGCUUUUUUCGAUUGGAAAGAGAUCGACAACAUUGAUGUCGACAAGAUAAUUUCGGAUCGCGAUUUUCAAGCUGUCGAUCGUUUAUUGCCUCAUUUAAUGGAAGCUCCUAUCGGUUCGCUCGUCCAUAAUCGCAUUCUCGACCCGAACAUUCGCAAAUACUUGCAACUCACACAACUCGCCAUGCAAUAUUUGGUUUUUUGCAAGAAAUUUCUCGACAAAACGGUUUUCGGGCUGCAUUCAGCAAUUAACGACUCAUCAAAAGACAAUGCCAAGUUGGGUAGAAUUUUGAAACGAAAAAAUCAGGAAAUUCAGUCGUUGCAGGUUAAAUUGAGAGAUUUGGAGGAAAAUGUGAAAUACGAUAGUAAAAGAGGUCAUGUGCCGAGAAAGCAGCAUUUUGAAGGAAUUGACGACAAAAAUUCACCUCCGACGACGCCAACGCCUGUUGCUGUGACAGACAAAAGUUUAAUUAGCACAAUAAAGUUGGAGCUCGAAGUGAAACAGCUCAAAGAACGAUUAAAUGCAGCGGAAAAGGACUUGCAAGAACAAAGAGUGAACAAUUUCCAACGAAAUAAUGUACGGGAAUGUCAACAUUCGACCGUGGAAUCGGGAGUUCAGACAAAAAUUGAAGAAAAUUCAAAGGAAACGAGCAAAAGAUCUUCCAGAAAUGAGUUGAAAGUUGAGUCAAAGUCGAAAUUCGGAUCAACUGAGAGCUUAAAAUCGCAAGAAGAGGUCGUUUCGGUGAAACGUUUGAACGAAUUGAUGCGAGAACAGACAAAAAUGAUCGAACAAUUGCGAGAAAAUGAAAGAAAUUCCUACAAAAAUGAAUUAUCUGAGCUGCGAUCGGGAUUUAAAGAGGCAUUUCAGUCGUUAAAGUCAAGUAUUGAUAUGAAACUUGCCGAUAUCCAAAAAGAUCACAAGUCUCAAGAGCUUUUAAAAAGUUCGAAUCUUAGAGAAAAGUCACCUUCUCCGAUGGCAUCUCCAAAAGUACAAAGAAAACUCCCUCAAACCACUUCAAUUGAGGAAAAUUUAACCAAAAUUGGUAAAAUUGACGAAGUGAUGCGCGAAGAACAUGAACAUUGGGAGACGAGAUUCAGCAAACUCGAACGUAUAUUCGAACAAAAUCAAGAAAUGAUGUCCAAUAGUUUGCAAAAUAUGUCACAAAUGUACAGCAAUAAGUUCAAUACGUUAGAAAAAACGAUCAAAGAUGCCUCAUUGAAGCAGUUGAAACACGAAAUUACCCAAUCGGAGCCGAUGUUGGUCAAAAAAGUCGAAGAACGAGGACGUCCCAAUGUCACAAAAGUCACGAGUGCAAAGGAAAUUGUCGUUAAAGGAGCUUCAAGUCCUCGGAAAUUGUCUCCAGCAUCGAGUCCAAGGAAAACUUCUCCUUCACCAACGAGACGAGAGAUACCUUCGUCGCCUGUAAAGCCUCCAACGGAGAAAAAACUGCCUUCAGUUGUAAAAAUUGUGAAGCCCGUGUCUCCUGAACCUCCGAAAAAUGUCUCAAAAGGUGCAAUUCCUAAAAAACCAGUUAAAACUCCAACGCCCAUACCUGAAACAAAGUUCAAAAAGAACGAAAAAAAAGUUCUUCCGAAUCCCACAGUGAAAAUAACGAGACCUUCAAUUACGGAACAUCAUCCCAUCAAGAAUUCCUUCAAAGCGGGAACUACUGACACCCAUGUUGAUAACCCGGCGGAGUCCCAAUUUGAUAUUUUCAUGUCGUUUCGUAACCGUUUAAAGAAAUACGGGAUAAAACACACGAAUAAAUCGUUGUCGACGCCACAAAUGCUCGCGAUCAAGUCGCAACUCGUGCAAGAACGUCUAAAAUCGAAGAAGAAAAGUUCCUUGUUCUCGACAAUUCGUUCGCGAUUGAGCAGUCAAGUGAGCAAAGAAGCAAAAUCUCGACUUGCUAAGCUCAAAACGGAUGACCGAUACGCGAAAGAGGAUUCUUCCGAUCGAUUCGAGUGCACAAAACACAAUUCGAACAACAUUGAAGACAUUAUCGAGGAAAAUUCUUCCAGCAGCAGCUCCAAUUCCGACUCAGAAGUUGUUAUUGUAGCAAAAGCUGUACAAAAAAGUCAAAAACUUCCACCGUUACGAGAACAAAAUAACUCUCCUCGUGUUUCUCCGAAGCCAUCUCCGCAAGCAUCUCCCCGUGCAAAGCCCCGAACGACAAAUUUAACGAAAACUUCUCCUUUGAAACUCUCGACAGAGUCAAUUUUCGACAUUUCCGAGUCCGCACUCACAAGUACAAAGCUCGAAGAUCAACUCCGACGGGUUCUCGAUUCGCCAAUUCGUCGUCCAAGUUACCCGAAAGAGCAUAUGAUGAAAAAUCCCGUUGACAUGAAUGCGAAAGUAGCACAAGCUAAUGCAGCAGCAACUCAAAAACGCGUGAAUUUUUCCACGAGUCAACCGUUAGUGAGCAGUUUCCAUGAAAAGUCGCCACAAAAGAGCAAUAAUUAUUCGCAUGUUUCGUUAACGAACCUCUCUGAUGAUUCAGAUUUCAAUUUUAGUCAUUAUAAGUAG